AGAUGUUUUGAUCUUACACUAUUCUACUGUUGCAGUGUAGUUGAAAAACCAGAGUAGAAUCAAAAGAAGAACGGUGAGUCCAAAGUAAGACAAAAAUGUAUGGAGAUUGUCAAGUGAUGUCAUCAAUGGAAGGGAACGUGGUUUCUUCAGAAGCCUUGUUUUCAUCAACAUUUCAAAACCCUAAUUUCAACUUCUUACCAUUCGAACCUUUACCUCCUAUGAUCCCUAAAGAAGAAAAUGGGUUGAAAGAGGACAUGGAAAGUGGGUCUGGUAGUGAAAUACAAGCUGAAGACAAGACUGAAGAGAAUGGUGGUGAGAAAUCCGUCAAGAAAAAACGUUACCAUCGUCACACUGCUCGCCAGAUCCAAGAAAUGGAAGCUGUUUUUAAGGAAUGUCCACAUCCCGAUGACAAGCAAAGGAUGAGGCUAAGCCAAGAGCUUGGCCUUAAGCCUCGACAAGUCAAGUUUUGGUUCCAAAAUCGCCGCACUCAGAUGAAGGCUCAACAAGAUCGAUCUGAGAAUGUCAUACUUAGAGCUGAGAAUGAGUUUCUCAAGAAUGAGUUUUACCGGCUUCAAGCGGAACUCAGUAAACUCGUUUGUCCGAAAUGUGGUGGCCCGCCUGUGCCUGGAGGAGUUUCCUUCGAAGAACUUCGUAUAGAGAACGCAAGACUUGCAGAAGAGUUGGAACGGGUCUGCGCCAUUGCUUCACGAUAUAUGGGACGGCCAAUCCAAACAAUGGGUUCAUUGAUGCAACCUUCAUUAGAAUUGGACAUGAACAUAUAUCCAAGGAAAUUCCCAGAGCCCAUGGCUCCUAUACUGUCUGAAGCAGACUCCUUUCCUGAGAACAACAACCUCUUUUUAAUGGAGGAUGAGAAAACUAUUGCAAUGGAGCUUGCCAUGUCUGCAGUGGAUGAACUGGUGAAGAUGUGCCGAGCAAAUGACCCUCUUUGGAUUCGAAACAACAAAAUUGGAAAGGAAUUACUUAACCUGGAAGAGCAUGCCAAGGUGUUCCAUUGGCCAUUAAAUCUCAAGCAACGCUCGAGUGAGUUCAGGACUGAGGCUAGCCGCGACAGUGCAGUCGUUAUAAUGAAUAGCAUCACUUUGGUAGAAGCAUUUCUCGAUGCCAACAAAUGGGCCGAGCUCUUUCCAUCAAUAGUUGCCAGAGCCAAAAGUAUUCAAGUUAUAUCACCAGGUGCUUCAGGGACUAAUGGUUGCCUCCAGCUGAUGUAUGCAGAAUUGCAUGUUCUAUCUCCGUUAGUGCCCACACGAGAGGCAUAUUUCCUUCGUUAUUGCCAACACCAAAAUCUCGAGGACGAAACGUAUUGGGCAAUUGUUGAUUUCCCACUGGAUGGCUUUCAUAAUAACUUGCAGUCUUCGUUUCCCUUAUACAAGAGAAGGCCCUCUGGCUGUUUAAUUCACGACAUGCCCAACGGCUACUCGAUGGUUAAAUGGGUUGAACAUGCUGAGAUUGAGGAGAAACCGACCCAUCACAUUUUUACUCACUUUGUUAACAGUGGAAUGGCUUUUGGAGCAAAUCGUUGGUUAGCCGUUUUAGAGAGACAAUGCGAAAGGAUUGCUAGCCUCAUGGCUAAAAACAUCACUGACAUUGGAGUGAUACCUUCACCUGAAGCAAGGAAGAAUCUAAUAAGACUAUCCCAAAGGAUGAUAAGAACAUUCUGUGUGAACUUCAGCAGCUCCAGCGGUCAGUUAUGGACGGCUAUUCCAGACUCCUCCGACGAUACUGUUAGAAUCACGACGAGGAAAGUGUGCGAAGCAGGUCAACCCAAUGGACUCAUUCUUUGUGCUGUUUCCACUACUUGGCUGCCCUAUCCUCAUCACAAAGUGUUUGACCUUUUGAGAGAUGAACGCCGCAGAACUCAGCUGGAGGUUCUUUCAAAUGGGAAUGCUUUACAUGAGGUGGCUCACAUUGCUAAUGGUGCCCACCCUGGGAAUUGCAUUUCACUUCUUAGAAUCAAUGUUGCCGGCAACUCCUCCCCAAACGUAGAGCUGAUGCUGCAAGAGAGCUGCACAGACCGAUCCGGUAGCCUUGUUGUAUACUCAACUGUGGAUGUCAAUUCCGUUCAGCUUGCGAUGAGCGGGGAUGACCCAUCUUGCAUCCCAUUGCUUCCCAUAGGCUUUUUCAUAACCCCAAUGGAACUCAUCAAAGAUGCCCACAACACCGAAGAUGCAAAUGGGCAUAUGUCUGCAGGCAGUCUACUCACCAUUGGACUUCAAGUACUUGCCAGUACAAUUCCAUCGGCAAAGAUCAAUCUGUGGAGCAUUGCCGCCAUCAACAACCAUCUAUGCACAACCGUUCACCAAAUCAGUGCUGCUCUGAGUAGUGACAGUGGCUCCCUUGGCUGCCCCGAUAAAGGGAAUGGUGCAGGCUCAGGUUCCUGCAGUGAGGCUGCUAAUGCACCAGAGAAAUAGGGUCUUGGUUCUUCGUGAAUUACCCGUAACAUCCUCAAAUUGGGGAAGUUAUUGGUAAUUUAGAGAAAAUCAAGUAGUGGGAAUGUCUAGUUAGUAGGAGUUUUAGUAAUUUAAUGUGGUAAAUAAAGAUGUAAUGUUUGGUGUGGGGAAAGACUGUAGUGGCAAUAGGUGGAGGGAGUCAAGAGCGCACCAGUUGUUGUGGCCCUUACUUUCUGGCCGUAAGCCUAAAAUUGGGUACUCACCAAUUAGCAAGGGUGGUGGUACUGGUUCGGGUAUUGACUUCUGCGUUAUUGCUCUUCUUGUUUAAUUUGAAUGCUGCUUUUAGACUUUUAAU